AUGGCAUCAACACUCGAACCAGUUCAGGUACACCUCUUGCACGAGCGGGACGAUCCGUCGUCGCAGAAGUUGAAAGAGCUGUUCCACCGCAACCACACUGCUCACGCCGUCCUCCAUAACCCGCGACUUAUUCUUCACAACCAUUUGCCGCAUGCCCUUGGCUCGUCAUACCUGCUCGGUGCGACCGAUGUUCAGUUGGAGGCAAUCUACCUUUCGGACUCGCGCACUCUGACUGCAGCCAACGCCGACAAACUCCAUCGCGAAAAGAUUACAACGGAGAACUGGAGAGACUUCCUCGGAAAUAAAAUAUAUACUGUGGCCUAUGCACAGUUUUUCGACUCCGAGGUCGAGAAACGCGGGGGAGACUGGGUGAGUGUUGUGGAAGAUUAUCUGUUCACUGGACCUCGGCCAGUAAUCAACGGCUUCAUCGGAGGACUUGGCCACUCGUUCAUUCAUCUCGCCUACGCCUUUGAGUUCAACGACAAGGAGGUCGCUACUGAGGCUCUCAGUCUCGGCUGCACCGAAUACGAUCCAACCCACGAAUUCCUGGACUCGGCCCCUCCGGACAACUCGACCUACAAGACCCCGCAGCUCGAGCAAGUCCUAAGGAAGAUCCGGGCCGAUGACCGAUUCGACGGCUAUGCAAACGAACCAGGAUUUGUCAAUAUCUUGACCCUCCUUGCCCACCACGAGGCCCAAGUCCUCGAGCACUGGAACGCAUGGGUAGUCGAGGACCCAAUCAAGCAGCUCGGGGACUUCGCGCACACGGCUGCUACGUUGUUCAUGGAAACAUGCAAUGCUGAGGGCGAGUACGACUUUUACCUGGCCCACAUCCUGACGGUCGCACAUGCUUUGCGCGUCUUGUUCCCUCAUUUCUCGUUGGAGCGACAGGUAUCUCUGAUGAGACAGUACGGGCUGUACGCGGUCCUUGUGUAUCUCGCUCAGCUCCGGCCCGAGACGGAGUGGAAGGAGAGCAAGGCCUCGGGUGACGAGGUCACUCCGAGCUGGGACAAGAUCUACAAGAGUGCGUUGGACAACAAAUGGUUUGUGGACGUUCAUUUUCCGAAGGUGGUACGGGGUCUGAAGGUUGUCGAGGAAACAUGGGGCCUAGCAGACGGACUGUACCAGCGAGCUGCUGCCACGUUCGUCGCUAAGUUCAACGGAUGGGGAGGAUUCGGUCUCGGCGUUGAUGCUAUCCCUUAG